AUGGAAAAUAUGGACGAAGGUGCGGAGGAGCAAGUUUGUUCACGGGACGUGCACACCUUGGAGCGAGGCUCAACAUUAUCGCCUCAACUGAAUUACAUUCCACCUGGACUUAAAUGUCAGCUUUCCACUGCAUGUGGCGGACAGCCAACGGUGUGUGCUGUUGGACGAUUCGUGGUCGGGCACAUCUGGGGUCCUUACUUAGUCCAUCUGAGCCAAGAGUGCAAAAAAAGCUUGCACACUUUGGGGGAACAAAGCCCAGGAAACGUGCUAAAAAUCGCUGUGAAAAAUUCCAACUGUCCGGUGGAUGAGACUACGAUUGUGCUGGGCGAGGAACACAUGUGGAUCAAGUUACUGCACGAAUCAGGUAUUCGAAUGAGUCAACAGGAGUCUAACGUGGAUCUAGUAUUGGAUCCGUCGUCAAAAACAAUUACACUGAUUGUCACAAGAGAAUUGGAUCCCAAUGACAUGCUUUACGGAGCUUUGAGUGUACGGCCUAAACAUCGUAGUACCCAUACAAAGCGUCCUGCAAGCCGAGUAAACACGUUCACUGCGAAUAUUGAUGGUUCAACUGCAAAUGCACUGUCGAAUUGUUUCACUACGCACCAAAUGCUCGCUACGGCAUCAUCUGAUCGCGAUACUGCAUCAACUUACCCCUUGGGUGAUUCGCUUCCCAAUAUAAAAGUUCCUUCACUGAACCCGAUCCUUUCAACUUUAGUUUUGAAGUCUCUAGGACAACUCAGUCCCAACUGGAUUUCGCAAUCCACGGCAACUUCAACCCUGUUACCCUUUCUGAACAAAAUUUCGGCAGCUACCGCUCCUGGGAAGAUUCACUCACCACCCGCUAAAAGGCAGGAAAACGCCGCUCAGCCUCUGGGAACCGUAUCACCCGAAAGUCAAAACCCUUCCACAUCAGAAGACGUCUCUCUGUUUCUCAAAGACGGACUGGAUUAUCAAGCUAAGAGGCCAACAGAACCAGAAAAUUCGGGUUCGGCUUGCGAUGUCUUGUCCUGGGACACAUCCACAACGCCGGCACCAGUAUACUGUAUUGGUUGUCAGCGCUACUUUGCAUCAAAUUAUCUUUACAUCUGCCAUUUGCAGAUGAGCACGCGGUUGCUGCGUGUUGGAAACGUAGCUUCUUCACCGCAAAACUCCACCACUGAAGAGAACCCUGUCGCCCGACAUGAGGAAUGUUCGUUCCAGUCAGUUGCUGAGGCAUCAGCGCGGCUUGGAUUGGUCCUGACUGCGCCUCUUUUUACUGCAACUGGUUUGCAGUUUGUUCCCGUGCAUCCAGCUUGUGGUCUACUUAAUAAUCAUCAACCGGCUUCUGGUAGCCCGCAUUCCCCAGGCUCCAGAACUGCGCCUACAAAACGAACAGAAUCACACGGUGACCAACCCGACCGAUGUCCAUCCGCACACCAGAUCAUGACCAACCAGACUGCUGGAAGUGUACUUGAUUUGUCUUGCGCUUCGCAGCCCGAGCCGCUGACUACUUCACUGCUUCAUAGCCCCGGGCUCGUAUCACAGCUGUGUGCCACCCCCGCAAACUCGUAUUCACCAAUUACUGAGGGUUGUGUGGACAAUAAACCUGAAAUUCCUUCUAUGGCUUAUGCGCAGGGUUCCAGUGGACAUAUCGAUCCUACACUGGUUCAGUUUUUUGCUCAGUUAUUAGGUAACGCUGUAAAUGAUGAUGUAAAUAUUGAGAAAACUCUGGCAGACCCGAGUAAUGCUGUGAACUCCCAGUCGUCAAACUCUCUGCCGCAGCUGAUGGCCCAACUCUACCUGGCAACUGUUCCCUCAGAUGUUCAGCGUUUCCCGGCCCUAGUAACACUACCGAAAUCCCCAGACCAGAGCGCGCGGACAGAGCUGCUUGGUCAGUCAUCUCAUCUGCUCAGCUGCACACAGAGUGGACCAAACAGAUCGGUGUCACAGGCCCAAGCAAGUGACAUUCGACAAAAUUUAGGCGAAAUAUUUCCAGCAUUCGCUCUGUUGAAUUCCAUCUAUCCCGGCACCAGAUUCGGGGACCCACUGGUGUGCAGCGCAUUACUUGGCGCACAAAAGACGAAAAAUACAACGUCGCCGAAAGUUGGACUGCCAAUCAUCGACCGCCCUAGCAGUCCACCACAUUCACCACAACCCCAGAUUGCCCUUCAGAGACCUUACUUGUGCACCUACUGUCAGACACGUUUCCAAGCUUUCACCACCUUCCAAGUGAGCCCAUCCGUCAGUACUGAUCUUGCAUCGGCAUUGACCGUGAUAUCUGUGCGUCCGCUGGCCCCGACAGCCUCAGGCAUAUUAAACUCAAUAUUCAAGCUUCGACGCCCGGUUUAUAUGCCUGAAUUAACGCUACGUAACUGGCGAUUCAUAGGCCACCGGAGUAGAAUAUACAGGGGACGGUAUCGACCGAAAUCACCUGACGGAAGAACCUUGCUUGACUGGAUACCAUUUGAUAAUCAGCUCUUUGUGGUUUAUAUAAACGUCUGUGAGGGGUUCAUACGAGCGGGAAGUGGAUUUUUUUUUAUCAUGUAUGUGUACGUCCCAACAGACUAUAGCCCUGAUACCAUCAAACACCGGUUUUAUGGUGCCUUGAAUGCCUUGGUAAGUUUCUUUGUAUUCUCGGACUUGAAGACAUGUGAGAGCAUAUGCGGUUCUCUCCAAGAGCUUCCGUACACAGUGUUGUCCAACAAGGAUGCCCACACUCCAUUCCUAGUUAAUUUCGUGAUGGACGAGAUAAUGAGGCGAACUCUGGACGUUUUUCAUACCCUGGUGCUUAAAAAGCUGUUAGAAAACAAGUGUUUGGUUGUGCAACAGAUACUUCAAUCGAAGUAUGUGACCGAAUAUUGUAGUGGUUGGGCCACGUGUUGCGCACGCCCCGGGCUCGUAUCACAGCUGUGUGCCACCCCCGCAAACUCGUAUUCACCAAUUACUGAGGGUUGUGUGGACAAUAAACCUGAAAUUCCUUCUAUGGCUUAUGCGCAGGGUUCCAGUGGACAUAUUGAUCCUACACUGGUUCAGUUUUUUGCUCAGUUAUUAGGUAACGCUGUAAAUGAUGAUGUAAAUAUUGAGAAAACUCUGGCAGACCCGAGUAAUGCUGUGAACUCCCAGUCGUCAAACUCUCUGCCGCAGCUGAUGGCCCAACUCUACCUGGCAACUGUUCCCUCAGAUGUUCAGCGUUUCCCGGCCCUAGUAACACUACCGAAAUCCCCAGACCAGAGCGCGCGGACAGAGCUGCUUGGUCAGUCAUCUCAUCUGCUCAGCUGCACACAGAGUGGACCAAACAGAUCGGUGUCACAGGCCCAAGCAAGUGACAUUCGACAAAAUUUAGGCGAAAUAUUUCCAGCAUUCGCUCUGUUGAAUUCCAUCUAUCCCGGCACCAGAUUCGGGGACCCACUGGUGUGCAGCGCAUUACUUGGCGCACAAAAGACGAAAAAUACAACGUCGCCGAAAGUUGGACUGCCAAUCAUCGAACGCCCUAGCAGUCCACCACAUUCACCACAACCCCAGGUUGCCCUUCAGAGACCUUACUUGUGCACCUACUGUCAGACACGUUUCCAAGCUUUCACCACCUUCCAAGCCACCGGAGUAGAAUAUACAGGGGACGGUAUCGACCGAAAUCACCGGACGGAAGAACCUUGCUUGACUGGAUACCGGUUGAUAAUCAGCUCUUCGUGGUUUAUAUAA